AUGAAAGAUCUGAAUGUUUGCUGUGCAGUUUGGAAUGAUUGUAUUGAAGAGAAGAAGGGAGAGACGUACUGUAACAAGCAAUAUUACGGAUGUAACCAGGUUAGUUGUGUUGGUCCAAUAACCGGAGACGCAGAUAGAAAUAAAUAGUCUUUCGUCAUGAAAUAGGGGUCCUUAGGGCAGGACGUUUCUCAAAACUAUUAGCGGAAGCAACAUAUAAUGUGUGUUUUAACUGUGUUAUAACUUAUAGCUUCUAUGCUUUUUCCAUCUUUUUUUUUCAGAACGUUCUGUCUUCUGCCAGUCCGGCUGACUUCCAGCAAUGUCGGCGCUUCCCGUCUGAAAUGAAAGAUCACAUUGACUACAAUUCUCCUUUGCCCGCCAACUUCAUUCUCCCUGAAAUUUCUCUGAGCGGCAAUGACUCUCCGUUGGUCCGUCAAGUCUACAACAAGUGUCCAGACAAGAGACGAACUUUCUCUUCAUGUCUCCACAAUUAUUUCCAAAAAAGAACGAAUACGAUCCUGAGCGUUUUUGAGCUGCGAAUGUGUAUGGAAAUGAAUUUGGACGGCUUGGAAUGCAAACAGAGCAUCGGCGUCCUUUUGAGUAGUUUCGAGAAAAGUAAAGAGAACUAAUAAUAAGGAGCUUACGCAAAUAAAUACUCGGAAUGUUUCAGAAACGCAGCCGCCCUACGCGAAUCGAAUCAGGAAAGUGGAGGGAAGAGGCUCCUGGAAGUGCGGAAUGAACCAAUUCGACACGUACACAACUCAAAUCGUCGUUGGAAUGGGAUGCCUUUGGCUUAAAGGUUUUUCGUCUAUCUCACCCUAAAUCAUUUUUGAACUAGCAUUUCAGAAGGAUAUAAUACUUGCUGCAAGCAUCACAGAGAAUGUUAUCAAAAAUAUCGGAACACGGAAAGAUGUAGCAGUUUUUGGGAUGCGUGUAACAAUGUGAGUACCCCCUCUUCGUUUGUACUCUCUUCAAUGCUCAUUGGACAUUCCAGGUGUUGAUCACAAACAGUUCCGAAUCUCUGAACAAUGAAUGUCUUCCAUUCAUGUCAUGGAUAGAAAAUUUUAAAUCUCUGCGCAGUGUCUACUUCUAUUCUCCUGAUGACAGCCCAUGUCUGUCCUUUUCGGAAUCUUCCUUGUGGGCGAACGGAGCAGUUCAACUUUUGCUCCUCGUCGGCUCAAUCACACUCCUUCUCCUUGUCUCUGUUUUCAUUUUCAUUUGGUAUCGGAGAAGAACUGAAAGAGCGUACUAUACUUACGAGGAAAAGAUCCCCGCAGGAGAACUAUUGUAGUUGUACUUGCAUUUAUUUAUAGUUACUGCCAUUCCUUGAACGUCGUCCUUUUUGCUGAUGAUCUUGAUAAUAUAAUAAAAGUGAUCCAUGGUGAAAUAUUGUAAGCCUGAGAGUUGGCAGCGUGCCAAGGACCCGUGACUAACAAACAUUUCAAGGACGAACGUCUCACCUUGCUAUCGCGUCAAUUGUUCCUUUUUCCACUCUUUUCGCGCCCAUCAAUUUCUAAAAACAAUUUAUCAGACGCUCAGUUUGCGCUCUCAACUCUGCAAAACAACGUCACUUCGGUUGAUAUCAUCAUAUUGAUGUUGGGGUCAAUUGAUUAAUGGGCACGACGGAAACGUUGCGAACCGGAGGGUGUCCCAUCCCUUUCUUUCACUCUUUUUCUCAUUCUCUCUCUCUCUCUUUGUGUUUAUAACUCGUGAUUGCCCUCCUCAAUCGAAGUAUUUGCAUGUAUUUGUUUCUCUGCUCUCUUUCUGUUUGCAGAAAAACGUUUGAAAGGUCAUGAAAGUCAGAGGAGCCAGAAUUCAAAAAGUGGUUUAAGGAAUCAAUGAUUAUUGUUUCGGAACUGCAUGUAAUCAAGCUCUUAUAAAAAAAAACCAAAAGACAGCAUACAAUUUUUUGAGCACAUUCAUUUUCACAAUCAAUUCCAAAAUGGCCGUUUGUGCAUAACAUGUUCACACUUUCAACUCUUUGAACACUCGAAGUCAAACCGAGAUCCUAUCAGUCAACACCAUUUCUGUUUUUAUAGUGUACCCUCCAACCCUUUGGAAACAAUGAGUCAUCGGUUCUCUGCGUUUCUCUCUUUCUCUCCGUCCCUCAUCGGUUCAUGAAAUCGCGCUCAGAAAUCAGUUGGCGCCAAUGGUGUAUGACUUUUCAAUUUGUGACACUAUCGGGCAGUUUGAUGUGCAGGUCAAUGUUUUGCAGAAAGUUUUCUUAUUGCUUUCGUUGUGUAAUCAAAAAACAAGCACUUUGAUUACUUAUAAUCGAUUCAUUUUUCAGCGAUGGCACUGUCAUUGGUUUUGCUCGUGGCCAUCUUCAUAUCCACAGGUUUGUUUUUCUUUUUUCAGACCGUUCCUUCGAUCAACCUUUUUACACAAACGUUUUCAGUCUUGGUCUCCUGAUGCCAACGGACAUUUCCCUGAAGGAACUGUACCGUACUUGUCCGAUGCACACAAAAGCAUUGGACUAUUGUCAAUCGAAGAGUGAGGACUGCCACGGACAAAUAAGACCUCUCGAGGAGUGCAAUAAACAAUUUUGUCAAUGUCUUCAGGUACGAUCAGUGUGCCAAAAACGUGUGUGACGGCAUCAUCUAACACAACAAUAUUUCAGGAUGCUGGUCCGAAGACUGGCGAAUCGAGGGGAAUGUGUGAUCAGCAUAUGGACAACUUGUGUUUCGCUGCUUGGAAAUUUGGAGGAGCCUACCGCAAGGAAGUCGUUGAGAAGCAGACAGCUCCUGUGAGAGCAAGAAUCAGGAAGAAUUUAGACCCACUGUCCGAGCCAUUCAUGGUAAUGCAGAAGCAGUGCUUGGUCGAGACGAAGGUUAGACUGGAGGUUAGCAAGUUGAAGAAAAAGCUGAACCUGACGGACGAAGUGUUCGAUUCGAUCUUGGUCAGUUCCGGCAGCAUCAUUUGUAGCCUGAUCCGUUGAAUUGUAGCCUUAUUUGACCAUCCAAGCAGUCGAGUCUUCAAUGCUUCGUUCCAAAGGAUGUCAAACGGCAAAGGUGGCGUUUGAGAAGGCCAUGGAAGCUGGUACGAUUCCUCCUCUCAUCAUUUCAUCUCACUUUUUGUUUCAGUGGACGCAAAAACAACUUCAAACAUGCACAUCCCAUAUGAGUUUUGGUACCCUGGCACAGAGUUUGGCGCAGUGGGAAAAGUCAUCUUUCGAGUUGUCGCAAACGAGGCUUGCGAAAAAGCGGCCUGUAAGUUGAGCAAAUCAUUGCAAGCCGCAGAAAGAAUGAUUUCAGUGGACUUCAAUCACCUGAGUGCCGUUCAUCUGAACUGCUACGACCAGCAACUGCCACGGGAUCAAUGCGAUACUGAUUACUUUGAAAGCAUGCGGGUAUUUGAAUGUAUAUGGGGUAACUGUUCGAAUCAUGAAUUCAGAGGACGUUGUCGACGAUGGACUCGAAGAAAGUGAGCUGCAAGAUGUUCGUAAACGCGAUCGAAUCUGUACUUCCCAUCCGAGCGGAACAAUUCUUCAAAGAAGCUGCCGAAUUCCGUGAGCAUCGUUUCUAUUAUAUAGAAAUUGAGCAUGAAUGUUAGCACUUUCAGAUGGAGAAAGCUCUUCGGCAAGUGUCGGAGGCAAGUUCAAUCGUGGUUUUCAAGGAUUUUUGAAUGGAUCCAUGACAAAGCGAGGUAAAUUUCAUCUUCCAAAUCUCUCCAACCAUUCACAAUCUCAGAUACUAAAAAUGCCAUCUUUGUGCUGGAGGCUUCCGAGAAAUCCUCUCUCCGAAUGCGCGACUACUUCGACUACGUCUCAAAAGAGUGCGGAAAAGUGAGAAGUGAGUCUUACCGUUUGAUCUUUUACUAAGCACAUGUACAGGAUUUGCAGCUGUUGUCUCUUCGUGCGGAUUCAAGUACGAGUACUGCGUGGAGUACGUGAAGAGCGACUGUUCCAUCCAACUGGCGAUCUGUCUCGGGGACAUUGAAGACAUGAGUGACUCGUGUCAGUACGCCAUCGGCAACGUCACCGAAACCAUCUGGCCGACUGUGCAUCAUGUGCAAGCGACUCCCACGAACAUCUUGAGCGGCUCAUUCUCGGCAAACCCAUUCGUAGCUCUCUUUGUGGUCGUGGUGAUGACAUCUAUUGUUGCCGUCACUUUGGUUUUUGUGAGUAUUUCUAUAUCAUUGCAAUCUUACAGUUCGUUCUCAUUACAGGCACUUGUGGCAAACAAACAUCACAAAUCGUCCAAGGAUUUGCCAAUGGCGCAUGUGAACGAGACCGCCAACGAGAUCGCGAAUGGUUCGAAUGAGAAGGGAGAGGCGACAGGGAACAACUCGAACACUUCUGAGAAUCUUCCAGCCGUCUUUGCCGAAGAGGUGCCUCUUCUGGUUCCUUUUCUGAAUGAUCUCAACGAAAUAGCGAAAGAGACGGACGGGAUAAAGAACGAUCCAAACGGAGAGGAAAGCGUUGAGAUGGCUAUUGCAGCUUCCAAACAAAACAACAGGUGA